AUUGUUUUCAAUCAAGCACGGACUCUUUUUUAACUGGUUACUCUUUUAUUUAAUUUGAGGCCGGGAACUCGUGAUAUUUAAUAAAUUAUAUUGAUAAAUUAAUCUGUUUAUUUACAUAUGUCUUAACUACCUCGUGAACUUUCCCAACUAUGAAGUACAACAACUUGGAUUAGGUACACAUAUAACUACAUACAUCUCUUGAAGCCUAUUAUGCGGAUAGUCUCAUCUUCCAUCUUCCCGACGGGUUUAUCGGGUUUAUACUAGUUCUUAUUAGCCCCUUCCCCCUCUUCUUCUUCUACACACGUGUAUUAUAUCGUCUUAGUUUCCAUUCACUCAAGCAAACAAACAAGUAAUUAUCAUAUCAUUGUAACGUUUCGAGGAGUAAGAAUUGUUGAAUAUGGAAUAUAACGGCGGCAGUUUGGCCGCUGAUCACCUUUGUGUGCUAGUUCAUGGGCUUUGGGGAAACCCAGAACACAUGAAAUCGGUCGCGAAGGCGCUAAGAAAUGCACAUCCCGAAGACAACCUUUACCUCUUGCUUGCCAAGCGAAACAGCGGCAGCUUUACCUACGAUGGUAUUGAACGAGGCGGCGAGCGCGUGUGCUUCGAGAUCGAGGACGAAAUCGAGAAAAUUCGCAAGGAGGGCGGCAAGAUAACUAAACUCAGCAUCGUCGGCUAUUCCCUAGGAGGUCUCGUAGCUCGCUAUGCUAUCGGGUUACUUGAAAUGAGAGGUGUGCUUCGUGAGGUUGAGCCAGUGAACUUUACGACUUUUGCGUCGCCACAUCUUGGCGUUCGAACACCGCUGCGAGGAUGGUACAAUCACAUAUGGAAUGUCCUGGGUGCGCGUACGCUAUCCAUGUCUGGCCGUCAGUUGUUCACCAUCGACGACUAUCGUGGAACCGGCCGGCCGUUACUUGCAGUGCUCGCCGAUCCCAAAUCCGUCUUUAUGGCCGGAUUAAGAAGAUUCAAGCGUCGAACAUUAUAUGCGAAUAUCGUAAACGAUAGAAGUGCCGUCUAUUACACGACAUGCAUUACCAAGACAGAUCCCUAUGUGGACCUAAGUAAAAUCAAAGUCAAUUACCUCAAGGGUUACGAAGACGUCAUCUUAGACCCCGUGGCUCCGGUCUCACCCUUGCUAACGAAAAAUGGCGAUGGGUCGAUGAAUAACCUCGCUGCCACCAGUUUGAAUUAUCUACGAAAAGCACCGCUCAUGCUAGCCAUAGUCGUUUUCGUACCUAUUGGCGUCAUCGCGUUCCUAUUCAACUCGCUCGUGCAGACGUUUCGCAGCUCCAAGCGCAUUCAACUACACGAAUCAGGCAAAGCGGGUAUCCAAAUAGAAAACUAUCGCAGUCCCAUUUGGAUCCAGGAUGUCCGCGGCACCGUCGAGGAUGUGUACGAGAAUCUCAACAAUUGGCAAGGCGAGUCCUACUUACGAGCGUCGGACGACGAGGAUGAGGAUGGAAACUUGAACAAAGCCGAGACUCGGAUUCUAGCCCUCGAACGAAGAAAAUCGCAUCCGCAAUUCCCAACCUUAGCCCUCACACCCGCUCAAUUUACUAUGAUUGAUGAAUUAGACAAAGUUGGCUGGCGAAAAUACCCAGUUUGGAUCCACAUUGGUCGACACAGUCAUGCGGCUAUCAUUGUCCGGACCGACUCACCUAAGUUCAGAGAAGGUCUGACUGUUCUGGAGCACUGGAUCAAGGAGGAGUUCCUCAUCUAAUUCGAGCUUUCAUCAGUCGGGCGGGGUGCAUAAUAAGGCGUCGGUAGAGCGGUAGAAAGGGAAUUCUGCGCAUAAUUAUCAUAGCGGUAGGGAACAUUGUGGUUGAUACCCUUCCCAUUCAUGCAUUGUAUUAGAUUCAGGGGU